AUGGCUGUUUUCGGGUUCCGCGCGCGCGAGUUCUUCGCGCACACUUUGCGUCCAUUUUGGAUCCCGUUUGUCCUUCUCUCGCUCGUCCACCUCUUUUGGCACCGAGACGGUUUACAACUGAACCCGAGAUUAAAUCUCACGGACAAACUCGGGAACGUGGCAGAGCCGGUGGCGCAGUGCGAAACUGGGUUGAUCGCCGCGCAAAUGUCCGGGCACAUCACGGAGGAGAGUUUGCAUAAGAUUUUACCGAAAUGUUACGCGUUGGCGGAGAAGUAUCCGAAAAAUCCAGCGAAAAGCGUGUACGACGCGAUACGCAUGGCGCACAAGAUGGACGCGGGGAAUUCACCUUUGUUCGGUAAGAUCGCCCCUCCUAUGCCACCGACCAGUCCUCCAAGUCCAACCUGCGACCAGAGCAUGAAACACGCGCAGUUGGAGUAUUCCAGGAAUAAGCACUGCGACUUUUUACCGUCGUUUGCGAAAGACUCCGGGGUGGUCUCGAAAGCGAAUAAGAAAGGGAGAAUCACGUUCGGCGCGAAGAAAGUGCCGGCAGAUUUAGCGGUGCAAGCGUUCGCGAAGAGCAACACGAUCGAGGGAGAGUGCAGGAUUAUCAGUUUGGUCGGGACGACGCCGGAAGGGAGAGCGUUUGCGGGUAGGGUGCACAGCGAGAUGUUGGCGAGUAAUAGGAAGGAGAAUUGCGACGUGAGGUUGUACGAGACGGAUAAACAGAUGUUGAUCGAUAAUCGACAGGCGAAGAAGGCGUACAAUCACAUGGGCGUUUUGAUUGGGAAGAAGAAGAAGAAAGAGACGAUAGAUGUUGGGAAGAAGCAAACGCACGCGUACGGGGCGAAGGUUACGGAGUUUAUCGAUUUGGAGACGAAAACGCCGGACGGGGAGUGGUGCUCCAGCGAAGUCGGUUUGAAGUUGGGCUUUUGCAUCAAUCACGCGAUUAGUUUAGUGCACGUGGAUAAGGCGGCGGCGGAUAUUAUGUUGGAAGGAGGGAAGACGAUGUUGAAGACGAAUAAGAUUGCGAGUUUGGUGUUUGAUGGUACGUUUCAAAUCGCGAAAAGGUUUGAAGAUUUGGGCUUUUACGUGUAUUUGGUCGGCGAUAGAGACCAGAGAGGAAAAGAGGCGGUGUUUUUGAGAAUCGACGGGGAAUGGUCCGCCAACGGAGCGUUUGCAAAGUACGUCAGAGGAAAUGAGUUUACGUUCAUGGCGCUGUUACCCAGUCAUGGGUUCCACGAGUACAUGGUGGAGAAUAACUUGAUGGUAUGCGACGCGUCUUGCGAGUGUAAAGUCGAAGCCGAGUGUUCCUGCAAAAGCGACGGAGGUCAACCGGAUUGCCAAGCGGUCUCGAGCGGAUGA